CGCAGUUUUGAUUCUACGUAUACUUGCGUGCUAGGACAUCCUGCUCCUUUCCUUUCUCUUGUACUUAUCUGCUGUCUGGUUUAUGAUCUGUGUUACGAAUUGCCAUGCCUUUCCCAUUUACAUUCAGUUUCCGCGUACCGGGUCUUCACAAUCCGUUUACCACUUCACCGGCAGUCAAACCGUCCCGGAAUGACAAGAAAGAUGCACUGCUUGAUCCCAUUUCUCGACGUAUUAAUCGCGCCUUGCCUCAUCCCCGCCGCGCAUCACCGUCGCCCUCACCAUCACUAUCACCAUUUGUACCACUAAACCGUAAACGCGGUUGGGUCCCUUCUAUCUCUGAACCCUGCCAAGCUGCCACAAGCGCAGCAUCUACUCGCGGUUAUCUCGACACACCCGCCAAGUACAGAGAUAUGGCGAAUGAAGCGCCUGAACAAGAGUUUGUUGAAGACGUGUUUACAGAAUUACCACCCGCCAAGCGGCGUCGCACUCUCGCUGGUUCGAUCGUGUCUACAGCGUUGAGCGCUGCUCUUAUCGGGACUGCUGUUGGUCUCACUGUAUAUCGCCUCUGGCGGGACCGAGGCAAGGAACAAGAAAGAAUACAACCGCAACCACCGCCAUACCACCCGGGUGACUGGGUCCCCGAACAAGUAUGUACAUAUCAUCAAGUUACCCCUCCUACUCCGAAAUCGCGCAAGUCUCGUCCAACACCUUCCUCUGUUCGUCGCUCUGGCACACGAAGUCGCAGGAUCCGAACUCGUGGCCGACCAGUUACACCAUCACGUAGUGUCUCUCCUGCCUUCAUGGGUCAUCCACCCCAAGAAUUUGAUUUCGUGCACGUAAACCAAGACGAAGAAGAGGAUGAACCUGAAGCCGACGAAAUGGACUGGAUCGGCGACAGACUAUCUAAGCUGAUACAAGAAGGACACAGAGCUUUGAAUACGGAGGUUGUGGUGAUGAGUGAAGCGAAGGAGGAUGAGGUGGAUGAUGGUUCGGGUGACUGGGAGGAAGAACAACCUGUCACAUCUAUUUCCAGGGGUAGUUCCUUCCGCCGGACACAUCGACCCCGUGACAAUCAGCCUGCCUCCUUCACUUUGCCAUCCUCUCCGAACUCGUCAUCUAGGAAGCGCAAAUUUAUCGGGGAAGCUAUACACCUUUCCCCUGAUCGCCAAGAUUUUUCGAGGUUGUCAGUGCCUAGUACACCUCGUCGGAUUGCUCGCGAAUCUUCGAUGGAUAUCGACGCUUGCGCUACUAUUACAAGCAGCUUCAAGGAGGAUACGAGUGCCUGGGAGAGUCCAGAGCUUAGAGAGUCUAUGGAGCGGGCCAGAGCACAGUACCUGGAGAGACGGAUGGGCGCACGAUCAUGAUGGAUACAUACAUAUUACUUACUUGUAACUUACUGACGCCUUUUCUCACUGGCACUAUGCCUCUAUGUGACAUAUUAAGUAUGGUCUCAUGCUGUAUCAUUAGAAUGGUCAUUGCCACUGCGCCGUAGUUUCGGCUGUAUUUGGAAGCA